CAGAAGCGCCCGGUCCAGAGCGGCGCAGCGGGCGGAGGCAGCAGCAGAGGAGGGCCGCCGCCGCCCGCCCGCCCCGUCGAAGAGAGCGAGGCGCCCAGGAAGAGAAGCGCGCGGCGCCGACAGACUUUUCCUGCUGUUUUGCAAAAGCUCCUGCAAUGACGCUGAAGAAGUACUUCGUGAAGGCCCUCCAUCGCCUCCAGAAGGGCCCUGGAUACACCUACCAGGAGCUGCUGGUCUGGUACUGUGACAACACCAACACCCAUGGGCCCAAGCGCAUCAUUUGUGAGGGUCCGAAGAAGAAGCUGAUCUGGUUCUUCUUGACGCUGCUCUUCGCUUCGCUGGUGUUCUGGCAGUGGGGCAUCCUCAUCAACACCUACCUGUCCUACAAUGUCACAGCCUCUCUGGCCAUCGGCUUCAAGACCAUGACCUUCCCCGCUGUGACCAUCUGCAACGCAAGUCCUUUCCGGUAUUCUAAGGUGAAGCCCUUCCUGAAAGACUUGGAUGAGCUCAUUGAGGCAGCCCUUGAAAGGAUCUUGCAGCCCCUUCAGGGAAAUGCAUCGGCCACCCCUGCAGCAAAUCUAAGUGAGAAGCUCAACUUGCAGCUCUGGAACCAGAUCCCCCUGGUCUUGAUCGACGAGAGCGACGCGGCUCAUCCAGUCAUCCUGGACAUUCUUGGGAACGGCUCUCUGGGUCCUGGAGGGCACCAGAACUCCUCCACUUUUGGCAACCUGGAAGCGAGGAGGUACAAGCUGGCUCUGAAACUGUGCACACACCUCACGUCCCACUGCUUCUACCGGAAGUUCACCAGCGCGGCCCAGGCGGUGACCGAGUGGUAUGUCCUGCAGUCUACCAGCAUCUUGUCCAAAGUGCCAUUGAGCAAAAGGAUUGAAAUGGGCUACCAGGCAGAGGACAUGAUCUUGGCGUGUCUCUAUGGAGCUGAGCCUUGCAACCACAGGAACUUCACCCACCUCUACCACCCGGACCACGGAAACUGCUACGUCUUCAACUGGGGGGUUGAGAAGGAGCCCCUCCUCUCCUCCAAUCCAGGGGCAGAGUUUGGGCUGAAGGUGAUCCUGGAUAUCAGCCAGAAGGACUACAUCCCCUUCCUCACCACCACGGCUGGAGCCCGGCUGAUGCUGCACGAACAGGGCAGCUUCCCUUUCCUGAAGGAUCAGGGCAUCUAUGCCAUGUCAGGGACCGAGACCUCCAUCGGCGUCCUGGUGGAUGAACUGGAGAGGAUGGGCGCUCCCUACAGCGACUGCACCGUCAAUGGGUCCGACGUUCCCGUGAAGAACCUCUACGAGGACUACACUGCCUCGCAGGCCAAGGAGAUGGGGGCCUGUGCCAACUGCUCCCACCUGGGCAGCAAGAUGGCCCCCUUCCGAAGCCAGUACAAAACCAUGUACUCCAUCCAGGCCUGCCUGCGCUCCUGCUUCCAAGCCAAGAUAGUGAAGAUCUGCCACUGUGCCCACUAUGCCUACCCGCUGCCCAAAGGAGCCCAUUACUGUAACAACGAGGACUAUCCUGCCUGGGCCUACUGCUACUCCAUCCUGCGCAUGAGCCAGGAGCACCGGCAGGAUUGCAUCCAAUCUUGCAAGGAGACCUGCAACAACACCCAGUACAAGAUGACCAUUUCCAUGGCAGAGUGGCCCUCCGAAGCUUCAGAGGACUGGAUUUUCCAUAUUUUAUCUUACGAAAGAGACACGUCAACCAAAGUGACUCUGGACAGAAACGGAAUCAUCAAGCUCAGCAUCUACUUCCAGGAAUACAACUACCGCACCAUCUCGGAGUCUGCAGCAACCACGAUUGUCUGGCUCCUCUCCAGCCUCGGCGGGCAGUUCGGCUUCUGGAUGGGGGGCUCCGUCUUGUGCCUCAUCGAGUUCGGGGAGAUCCUCAUCGACUUCGUCUGGAUCAGUGUCCUGAAGCUGAUCUCCUGGGGGAAGGGGCUGAAGUGGAAGCCAGCCCGCAGGCCCCCAGAUGCCCUCCCGUCCAUCAGCGAGAAAGUGGAGGCCUACACCAACCUGGGCUUCUGCGGGGAGGAGAAGGCAGCGGCAGCUGAGGGCCCGGGGGGUGGGGCCCCAGAUGCUGGAGGGGCUGGCUCUGAGCCGGGCACUCCGCCCCCCAAGUACGACUCUCUUCGUGUGCUCCCUGUGGAUCUGGCGGGGCCAGACAGCGACGAGGAAGACGCUCCUGGAGUGGACGCAAAGAGCGAGUGAGGCCAGGAAGGCAGGUCUCCUCCCUGCUCGCCAGGCCCCUGCAGGGCAUCUUUCCCCUCCCUCUUUUCUGGACAGCACAGCCAUCCUCCGGUUCAAAUCAGGCCAGCAGAAACUUGGGGAGCAGCCAGAGAGCCCAGGUCUGCCCCAAGGCAUUUCUUUCCGGGUGUAAAUCUGGCAAGUCAAGAGGUUGCCAUGAACCUUCUGAAAGGGGGCUUACAGCCAGCCCUGGGAAAUGCUCGGUGCACGUCUUAAAGUGAACAGGGGGCCUGGGGGGUGGAAGGGGGGAGCCAGGGCCAGGCCUUCUGGGUCCUG